UGUUUUUAACUUGGAACUGGUGUCUUUAGCUCGGUAAAGUCGGAGGACAGAGUCAGGCGUUGUGGCCGCCAUGGCUCGUUGUGCUCAGUCCGUGCAGGAGUUCAUCCAGGACUCGUUCGUGCCCAUGGUGUCGGUGCUGUGCAGCGACGAAGCCGAGGGAGUGAGCCGCAAAAACAAGCUCAGCUUUCCCGAGUUGCUGCGGCCCUUCUGCCGACUGACCUCCGAAGGUCACCUGCGCGACCCUAAUAACCAGAUAGUGGUGGUGAAGGGCCUGAGGAUCAGUGUGACGGGGCUGAACACUCAGCCACCACAGUCUACUGAGCUGCAAGGACUUCUAAGCCAGGCUGUGUCAGCUUGUCAGCCUCCUGAAGGGCUCUCUGCUAACGUCAUCACUGCUGGAGACUACGACCUCAACGUCAGCGACCGCUCGGUCAAAGCGAGCGUCCCUUGGUACUCUGACUGGAAAGAAACCCUCACCCAGCUCAGCUCCUCCAAACACUACACAGCAACAACACCAUGGUUUGAAGCAUACAGGGAGAGCUUUCUACAGUCCAUGCCUGCAUUAGACCAUGAGUUCCUCAACCAUUACUUGGCCUGUAUGUUGGUGGUGUCCUCUCGGGAAGCAGCGCCCACUGACCAGUUUGCGAAGCUCUCUCAAGAGCAGCACAGAAUCCAGCAUAACGGAGAGUACAAUUACCCAAAAUGGUUUAUCCCCAACACCCUUAAAUACUAUGUCCUGCUUCACGACAUCAGCGAAGGAGAUGAAAAGAGGGCAGACACCAUAUAUGAAGACAUGAAGCAGAGGUACGGCACUCAGUGCUGUUAUCUGUUAAAGAUCAACUCCAGAACGGAUGCUCCUGGACCAGAUGAGCAGAUGCCAGACCCUUGGAGUCAGUACCUUAACAAGAACCACAUCCACAGCCCUGAACUAUACGACGAUGCAGUGAUGAAUAAUGUUGGGGAGAAUAGCAUGAACUCAGAAGUAGAUGGACACGUCUCCACAGAUGUGUUAUCAAACGCCCAUCCACUCAAGUUGGAGCAGCUAGCUGAUUUUGGCAACCAAGAGUCUGUAAACAGUGAUGAACAGAAAGCAAUGUCUCAGAAACAGACAGGGAUCACCGCCAACAACGUCCUGGCAUCAGCACAAGCUCACGGUGCCUGCCUCACCCUAAACGACCAUGACCGCAUCCGUCAGUUCAUACAGGAGUUCACUUUCAGAGGACUGCUGCCACACAUCGAGAAAAACAUCCGUCAACUUAAUGACCAGCUGGUGUCAAGGAAAGGACUGAGUAGGUCACUGUUUUCAGCCACGAAGAAGUGGUUCGGAGGAGGAAAGGUUCCUGAGAAGAGCAUUGCUGAACUAAAGAACACUGCAGGAUUGCUGUAUCCCCCAGAAGCUCCUGAGCUACAGAUUAGGAAGAUGGCUGAUCUGUGCUUUCUGGUUCAACACUAUGAACUGGCUUACAGCUGCUACCACACUGCUAAGAAGGAUUUCCUGUCUGACCAAGCCAUGCUGUAUGCUGCAGGAGCACUGGAAAUGGCUGCUCUGUCUGCGUUUCUGCAAAGUGGUGCUCCCAGGCCGUACCCGGCUCACUACAUGGAGACGGCCAUCCAGACCUAUCGAGACGUCUGCAAAAACAUGGUCCUGGCUGAGCGCUGUGCUCUGUUGAGUGCUGAGGUGCUGAAGAGUCAGGCCAAGUACUCAGAUGCUGCAGCUCUUCUCAUCAAGAUGACUAGUGAGGAUUCUGACCUGCGCAGUGCACUUUUAUUGGAGCAGGCAGCUUACUGCUUUAUUAACAUGCGCAGCCCCAUGGUGAGGAAGUUUGCCUUUCACAUGAUCCUGUCAGGUCACCGUUUCAGCAAAGCUGGCCAGAAGAGGCAUGCACUGAGGUGUUAUAGCCAGGCCAUGCAGGUGUAUAAAGGAAAGUGCUGGUCUCUUGCCGAAGAUCACAUCAACUUUACUAUUGGCCGGCAGUCCUUUACGCUGCGCCAGCCUGAAAACGCUGUAGCUGCUUUCCGGCACAUUCUCAUCGGCGACAGCAAGCAGUCAGCCACUCAGCAGAGCGCCUUCCUCAGGGAAUAUCUCUAUGUGUACAAGAGUGCGUCCCAGCCAGCCAGUCAGAGCUCUUUCCCCCAGCUGCCCUUGCCCUGCCUGCACAGCGCUCAGACACGCGUGUUCUUCGGCCACAAUCGCAGACUCGCUGAAGGGGAGAAACAAGCAGCCACUCAUGUGUGGCUGGAUCAGGAGUAUGUGAAGGAGCAUGCACAGAUGUGGGCAGACCUGGAAGAGCAGGUGGUGGCCGUGGCAAACAGGGGCAGCGUGCCUAUCAGCUUCCAACCGACGCAGUACUGCCUCAGCAGCCACACUGAUAACCUGCGCUACCCACUCGCAGUGGUGCAAGAGCCCAUUAUCAUUGAGGUGGUUCUUCGAAAUCCUCUGAAGGUACCUCUGCUUCUCUCUGAUUUGUCUUUACUGUGGAAGUUUACACUGAAGGACUUUUCUGGACCUCAAGGUGGUACACUUGGAGAAACCAUUACUAAUGAAAAAGAGGCAGCUAUGGGCAAAGCUACGACCCUUGAUGAAAUAAUGAGCACUGAAGUCAUUCCUGAGUUCCCCAUCAGUCCAGAGGAAACUAAAGUCGCCCGGCUGCAGUUGCUUCCUUGUAAAACAGGAGAGCUGCAUGUGCUUGGUGUGGUUUACAACCUUGGCACCGGAGAGGAGGACAGCAGUGAAGGAGCCAGUAGGCUGAUGUUUGUGCGGGGAAGACAGGAUCUGGAAAUACAGGGGCCGCGACUCAACUCUACCAAAGAGGACAAGACAUCUAUCAAGCAUGGAUCAGACCGCCGUCUUGACCCCAUCAUCACCCCUCCAAUGCCUUUGCUAGAGGUGUUUUUUCUUAACUUUCCCACCGGCCUGCUGUGUGGCGAGAUCCGGAAAGCUUGGGUGGAGUUUGUGAAUGUGAGUGCCGUUCCUCUGACUGGCCUGCGGGUGGUAUCCACGCACCCGGAAUUCUUCACCUUUGGUAGCGCGGCUUCUGAUCUCACCCCGGUGACCCCUACUGCUGCUGAACACUGCUCUGCCUACAAGACCAUGGUCACUCCUCCGUCCACUGCUGCAGUGACCUUGGUGUCACCGGCAUCGUUUGGCGUGACCGGGGACGACAGGCCCACGGUCGCAGACAUUCCUUUGAACGGGGCUGUGCUGGGACCUGGAGAGGCACUGCAGAUCCCACUGUGGCUCAGAGGACCUGACCGGGAGGGCGUGCACGAGAUCCACUUCCUCUUUUACUACGAAAGCGUGGAGAAAAACGCCAAGCUCAGUCACCGGGUGCUUCGCCACACAGCCGUUAUCUGUGCCAGUCGCUCCCUCAGUGCCAGAGUCACGGCGUGUCGCAGUAACACGUUGCCAGGACGAGGACAUCAAGAGGACAAGAAGGAAGAGCGCAGCGGCAGCAUGCUGGUGUUUGUGGAUGUGGAGAACAUCAACACUAGUGACGCAGGGGUGCGGGAGUUCCACAUAGUGCAGGUGUCCAGCAGCAGCAGACAGUGGAGGCUACACAAAUGCAUCAAUCCUGCAGGAGACGAAGACUCUAAACUGGGCAGCAGAGAGCGGGGAAAGUUGUGCUUCAGGGCAACCAGAUGCAGAACACAGGAAGCUACCUCAGAUGCUACAGAAAAGUACACCUUUGCUGACCUAAACCUUGGCAACGAACAGAUUGUCAGUUCUACGACUCCAUGUGCAGACUUCUUUUUCCGGAGAGGUCCCCCCUCAGAGUCCAGGAGAGGAGAUGUAUCUGUAGGUGGAACUGUCCAAAUGAGGGGGCACAGCUUCACACCGGUUGGUGGGAACGAUGACGGCAUGAUUAGCGUUGUUCGGAAAUGCAGUGAAGUGGAACUUGACAUCAUCGUAUUAUGGAAGGCAUAUGUUGUGGAGGACAAUAAGCAGCUGAUUCUAGAGGGCCAGCUCCACAUCGCACUGCAAACCAUCGGCAAGGAGGCCUGCUCACUCUCACAGAAAGAGGAAACUCAGGAGAUGGUCUUACUGAAGUUCAAGCCUGAUCCACCACCUCCUAUUAGCAGACCUUCACUGGAGCAGCUUUCCCAUCUAAUCAAGACCUGUCUGCACUACCCUGAGUCUUAUGAUCACCCCUUCCCACAAAAAAGUUUAUGCAUGGUACCAGUUACCUUGGCAUUGUCCAACUGUUCCCUGGCCCAAGUGGAUGUUAUCAUUGACCUGCGACACAAAACUACAAGCCCAGAGUCCCUGGAGGUACAUGGUGUGUUUACAUGGCUGGGACAGACUCAGUAUAAGCUGCAGCUCAGACCACAGGAAGUCCACCAGCUCUCGCUGAAGGCCUGCUUCUUCCAGGCCGGUGUUUACAACCUGGGCACGGCGCGGGUUUUUGCCAAACUCGCCCAAUCUGGCACCAUGUGUGAGACCAGCCAACAGAGCUCCAUGCCAGCUCUUAUCGUCAUUAACAGCGUGUGAACCAGCCUUCAGUACAGACCUGCUGCUGCUUUAAUGUCAUUUAACAGAACUAGAUUGAGAUCUAGAUUGACUUCAUUCAGACUGCAGCAGCUUUCCACUUCUAAUCAAAGGAAAUGUUAGAAAGGUUAAUUGGAAGAUAAAUAUUAUACUGGAUAUGGGAUGUGUUUCUCUGAAUUUGAAAAAAAAUCACAUUCUUUAUAGGGGUAUUUAUCUGCCAUUGUAUCGUUUCAGUUUGACAAUUUGUUUUAUAAAAUCCUUGUUUAUUUUGGGUUUUUAAUACUGAUGGAUCAUUCACCCAAAUCAAAACUCAAGUCUAGAUCUAUAAAUGAAAGAGGAGGAUUGUGUGUACACACGCUGUUGCUCAUUGGGUUUUACCUGUUUCAACUGCAGUAACAAAACAAACUUUGCACAUGGAACCAUGAAACUGAAUAACUGAUGACAUAUCUUGCUAAAUAAACUUUGGCAUGUUUCUUAUCCGAUGAGCCGGCUGGACCAGUGAAAAGACAGUGGCACCUGUAUGAGCCCUUAAGGAAUCAGUGGCACCCUGUGGAUCGGUUUAGAGGUGUACGGAUGGGCUGGACUAACCAGGUAUCAAAGAAAACGUGUACAUUUUUUACAAACCUAUCGUCUUUUUUUUCUUCUCUCACCUCUCUGAUUAAACUGUUAUUUAAAUGUAUCUAUGUGACUGCCUUUCAGACAGAAUGAUGUAUUAUAUUUAUAACAAAUUACUGUACAUAGAAUAAAACGUAACCAAAUAACCGUCAAA